GCCACCGACUCUCUCCCUCUUGAAAACCCAGUGAGAUCUUGAUGAAAUUUCUCUUCUUUUCUUGUUAAAUCACAAGAUUUGGGGCUUAGAAUCUUCCCUCUCAACCCAAAAAAUCUCGGUUCUGCUCUGUUCUUCUCCCCUGUUCGCCGGCUGCUAUGGGGGUGUAAGAUUUUGGAGCUUUUUCUGGUAAGAUCUAGCCAUGAAUCCCUCUCUUUAACCUUGAUUUAGGCUGGGUUUACCUUAAUUGCUUUUAUUUCCCUCAAUUUUGAGGUAGCCCGUGAGCCCCUCUACAGAAAUGCCGCCGGCUUCUUCUCCCUGCCAGCUCCGGUUUGCUUGCUGGAAUUCUGGUAAGUUGCCGGGUCUUCUAAGUCCGAUUUAUCCAUGUAGUUGUUGCCUUGUGUUGAUUGGGUUUCUGCUUUUGAAUUGCCCUUUUACUGUUCGAAACUUACUGGAAGUAGGGGAUGAGUUGGCAGCCCUUAAAUGUGUUUUGUUGUUUAAAUUAUGUGGAAAUUACUUGAAUUGGCUGCUGUGAUGUUUUGUGUGAAAAUCCCGUGUGUGUGAGUUGUGGUUUGCCAAAGCCAUGCUCUCCUACCGGUGAGAAAUGGGGAAUUUUGGUAGAUUAAGCUAUGUUUUUAAGCUUAGUUUAAGUGUAAAUUAGCUUGAAUUGGGUUGUGGUGAUUUUGGAGAAAAAUCCUGUGAGAUUAGCUAUGGUUUUGCAAAUUUGGAAGUUGAAGUUACUGUUCACAUAUACUGUUUAUGGGUACUGUUCAUAGGUACUGUUCACACACCAAGGGCUAAUAAUUAACGGGGAUUUGAAUGUUUAGUUUGUGAUAUAAGAAUAAAUUUGGGAAUGUUCAGUUAUGUGGAGAUUGAUAGAAAUAGCACUUUGAAAUUGUGGUAGUGAGGUAUUAACUGUGGAAUAUUGUAAUUAGGUUCCUGAUCGUUCUGUCAAUUUAACACUGAGAUCGAGCCUUUGGUUUUAAGCGAGUGAGGUAAGUAAAUUUAUGGUAAUGCCCACACUGUUUUUAAAAGAUGUUUUGACUUGUUUUUGAAGUGGUGGCGGGACUAAACCCGUUUUAUGCAAAAGUAAGUAUGAUUGAUUUGAAGUGAAGUUUUAUGCUUUUCAUUAAAUUGAGCAUGCCUACUUGAAAUUUAAUUGAUUGCCCCGAUGAUUUGAAAGUGAUUAGUAAAGCAUGAUUUUCUGUUAACUUCUGCCUAUUUUGUCUUCGAUACGGUCAUGUUAUCCUGUUGCCCGCUAGUGGGAGGUCAAACGCUAGCACAUGUCGACAUGUUCCUGAUAGAACUGGUUCAUUCCUGUAAUCCUACUAGUGGGAGUUAAACACUAGUAAUUCCUG